CAUUUAAUGCAAAGUUUGUAGCGGAAUGAAUUGUUCAAUCCCAAAAAAGAAAAGCUAAACAAAGAUUAUAUGCAUGCAAUGCCAACUCUUAAUUCAAUCUCUCAUCAUUCAUCCUGAUCGCCAUGCAUCCACCUCUAUUUUAAUUAUAAUCCUCCUGAAAAUAGCCACCCAUUUCUCAUGACCCUAUCAAGUAAUCCAGGGGGAUCUUCUUCUCUUUCUUCUUCUUCUUUUCGUUGAUCCAGAUCCAUUACUGUUACUCGGUUCCUCAUCUAUCGACUGCUUUCUGCUUAGUUUUCUUUAAUUUUUCUCAUUCCCUAAUUGGGUACUACUCAUCCAUCAUCGGAGAUUGAAGAUCAUAUAACAACGUACAUGGUAUGUUCUCAAACCUCUUUAGCCAAACAUGUUCCUUCAUACGACAAAGCUCGCUUGGUGCAUCAUGCGGUGGUUGGAGGCAAAUGCAUCAUCUGGAAUGGCUGUACAUGAUGAUUGCAAGCUCAAGUUCUUGGAGCUAAAAGCAAAGAGGAACUAUCGAUUCAUUGUGUUUAAGAUUGAAGAGAAGAUCCAACAAGUGAUUGUAGAGAAGCUUGGGAAUCCUGAUGAAACCUAUGAUGAUUUUGCUGCCUCCAUGCCCGAAAAUGAGUGUCGUUAUGCUGUCUUUGAUUUUGAUUUCACUACCAACGAGAAUUGCCAGAAAAGCAAGAUUUUCUUCAUUUCAUGGGCACCUGACACAUCCAGGGUGAGGAGUAAGAUGCUUUAUGCAAGCUCGAAGGACAGAUUCAGGAGAGAAUUGGAUGGGGUUCAAGUGGAGUUGCAAGCAACAGAUCCAAGCGAGAUGAGCUUUGAUAUCAUUAAGGGGCGAGCUCUCUAAAUCAUCUUUAUAGUAUUAAUUCACUGUUAUCUUCAAAACAAAGCCUGAUUGUUCUGAUCUAUUAUUGUUCGAGUACUUGUACUGGAGAUCAUCUAUACCUCUUUUCCGGUGACUUUUUCUUUUUUUUUGUUUGGAUCAUUGUUUGGGUUGAAUCUGAAAACUACGAUAUUUCAUGUUA